AUGCGUCGGCUUAUCAUGAAGCAUCAGCAGAGAGUGCGACGGGCGAAUGUGACGGCCAAGCUUAUCUCAAGUGAAAAAGAUGACGACGAAGACAGUAAAAGCGAGAGCCACGAAGGAGCUCAUCAGAACGAUGGUGCUGAGGCCUUAGAAGGGGACAUCAACGAUGAGGAAAGCAGUGAACAAGCUAUUGCUGGGGCUAUAAAAGCGGCCACUCUUGCCAUAGAAGCUUUACCCAAACAUUUUGAACCGAUUUCUCCAACAGGCGUCGUGUCACGCACGAAUAGAAGCUCUGCAGUUAAUCGAGCCCCUCUGAAAAGAGAGUGUACUCCCCCUAGGGAGGUCCUUCAAGCCGAUGCCCAGUCACCUUUGGUGCAGUUUCGGGCCACCCAAACGUUGCCGCCGCCCGUCAUGACGAACUACAACGUUCAACAAUACCCCGACCUCGUCCCUAAUUCUUGGGAGAAACCUGACAGCAGGCUGUCUCCACCUGUUUCCGUGGCUUCUUAUCCCAUCGCCAAGUAUUCCCCUCAAACGCCCACGUCUAGCCAGGCGACACCUGCCAUCUACGAGGCCACCGCACCCAUGAAACAGGAGAUCAAAGACGAAGAUGGCUGGCCAAAUGUACCCGCCACAGAGCCAAGCCUCAUCCACCCUCAUUUCCCGCCUGCACUGCCGCCUCAUACAGGAGCCCCAAUGUUGCUUCCUCCUUCGCACUCGACGUACCUGAACCGCAUGCCACCAUUUUAUCCGUUGGUGUCACAAGCAGACGAAGCCUGUGCCACGCCACAGAUGUUCUCGCCUCCUCGAGGUAAUAUGCCUCCGAUGUUCAGCAGUGCGCGCUCGUUCAUGUUUAAAAAGUCGCCGCAGUCGGAUUACAGUUCCAUAUCGAAAGCAUUCGACUCGUACAAAAAUCGCAGCAUUAGGGACAUGCGUGAGGGCUACCACCACUAUGAGAACGACAGUGGCGUCGUUGAUCGUGAUGAGUUCAUGUACGAGAAACUGUUUUCCCGCGGAGUUAUCGGCCUCCCCGGAGAACGUAUAACUGUGCGAGACAGCAUAUAUGUAACUGAGACUGCUUCUUCCAACGCUGUUGAAGGGCUUGACUACUUCGCCAAAAUGCAAUUCCAAAGGCAAUUUCCUGAACAUUUCGCAAGGAUUGCAGAGCAAACUUAUCCUGCUCACCCGCCAGCAAGACAUCAUCCUCCUUUGUCUGCUCCUCUGGUUGGUUCUCAGCCUGGCAUGGAUUCUACGCUGCAUAUUCCCAUCCAGCCUUGCCCUGUGCGACUGUUGCCACCGGAGCUGAGGUGGCCACUGGACUUCUUGCGUUACCCGAAUCCCAUAUCAUUGAUGUAUCAAGACCCGCUCCUAUCAUAUAAUCCGAUGCGCUUUCCUCGCUCUAACCGGAAUUUACCUUAGCGGCUUAUACGAAUUUUCUGUCAACGAGGAGUGAAAUACUUAGCUGACAUCACGAUUUUUGUAGCUUAGUUGACAUCACGCUGCCUCGCGAUUCAGAUAUACCUGCCUAUUUAUCCAACUUUCAAUUUCUAAAUACGUAAUCGUGUAUAGAUUUUCUGCUGGUAGGAAUUGGUACUUAUCGGAGAGAGUUGCUCUUCGAAUCUGAAUCG